ACUGUGUGCUGUCUACCACAUGAGGUCCUCAUUUUCAAAACAAAGAAAAUGGCGACGCACAUGAGAUGGGGUCUUCAGCGGUUGUUACGGGCAAGAAGUACUGCUCACUUUAGGUUUCCAGUCAAAGCCAGAAGCUUGUACCACUCACACAGCUCUUCCCAGAUCUUCCCAAAAGUUCAGCCCCGGCCCGGGACAGGAAACACACACCUCUCAAUAAGACAUCUGUCCAUCCAGACUCAAGACACUCCAAACCCCAGUAGCUUGAAGUUUCUUCCUGGUAAACCUGUCCUAGGAAGUGGGACGCUUGACUUCCCUACUGCGAGCACCGCUGAAUGCUCAUCUUUAGCCAGGGACCUGUUUGAAAUUGAAGGAGUGAAAAGUGUGUUCUUUGGCCCUGACUUUAUCACAGUCACUAAAACAGAUGAGGAUGUGGAAUGGACAGACAUUAAGCGUCAUGCUGUGGAGGCCAUUGCCAAGUUCUUUGAGAGUGGUGAGCCGAUAACAACGGGGGCAGUGCAUCAUGAAAGCAGUCACUCCGAAGAUGAUGAUGAUAUUGUAUCUAUGAUAAAGGAGCUUCUGGACACCAGAAUCAGACCUACGGUGCAGGAAGAUGGAGGCGAUGUCAUCUAUAAGGGGUUUGAUGCCGGCACAGUCAAGCUGAAGCUGGUUGGUUCCUGCACAGGGUGUCCCAGUUCUACAGUUACCCUGAAGAACGGCAUUCAGAACAUGCUGCAGUUUUAUAUCCCAGAAGUAGACAACGUGGAGCAGGUGGAAGAUGAAGUUGAUGAAAUCAAUGCAAAGGUUUUCUCAGAGCUGGAACGCAAAUUACAAGACUGAAAACAUCCUUGACCAACAAACUCACGGAUUUUGUUGGAAGACAAAUAUAUUCCACUGUGUAAAAACACAGCCAUGCAUAAUUUCCACUAAUUAUCAUUCUACAUUAAUAAGAAUGAAAAGAGAAAAGUAUUACCUGCUAUUUUGUGUGCAUACUGUAUGGAAUACAGGCAUAGACCUGUACACAGAAAAUACUGUUGUUCUUCUAGCCAGUUUAAAUGUUCUGCUGUGAAGGCUAUAAAUGUUGUUGUUAUGUAUUUAUUUCUUAUAAAUAUUUUAUAUUUUGAAAGAAUAUUUUCAUAGGUUGGAGAUACUGUGUGAGUUUUUGACAAUGGUUAUGGUCAAGCAGAAUGAAGAUGUGAUGAGUUGUUUCCACCACAUGCGGUUUUUUGUUUUUUUUU